UAUGAUACAUCAGAUGUCAGAUACAUACCACCAGUGUUUGACAUGUUAAUGUAUCUCUGAUCAAGGGUCAUGGAUAUGGAACGAAUCCCAAACAUUAUGGUGGAAGAUUCCCAAAAAGAGAAGGUGGGCCUCAGCCAGGACGACCACCUGUUAAGUCUGAAGGCCCUGACGGAGAAGCUGCAGCUGGACACCAGAAGGCCGUCUUACCUGGAGUGGAGGGCCCAGUUGGAGGCCCCCGCUCCGAAGGCCCAGAGAGGGAAAGAGGAAUGCGUGGCUGUCACCCAGGGGAAAGACACAUGUGCUCCAGGAUCUCUGAAGCAGCAGGGACCCAGGGACACAGGGCCUGGCCUGGGGUCAGAUGGAGACUGCAUACCCUUCACAAGUCUCAGGGAGUUCGGCAACAUAGACGAGGCCCUGGUCUGGCUGAGGAGAGAGCUGACAGAAAUGCGAGUACAAGACCAGCAGCUUGCCCGGCAACUGAUGCGCCUGCGCAGUGACAUUAACAAGCUGAAGAUCGAGCAGACCUGUCACCUCCACCGCAAGAUGCUGAACGACGCCACCUUUGGGCUGGAGGAGCGCGAUGAGCUGUCAGACCUGCUCUGCGACUCUCCCAUCACACCUGGAUUUGGGCUAUCUGCCCCGCUGAAGCUCAUUGGGGUCACCAAGAUGAACAUCAAUGCCCGGCGCUUCUCCCUGUGUUAG